AAAUCGUAUGAACACAUCCACCUGACGGAAUCGGAUGAAGCGUGAGGUGUCGAACGCUGCCCGGUGGAGAGGAAUUCCCUCGCCGACGCAACAAGCACAAGUAGGCCCCACCACCGUGAUCCGAAGCCCAAAUCCAACGGCACGCCCAACCACCGGUCCACCAUGCCGGACUCCUCCGCGCCCAACCCCUUCCUCUCCCUCACCUCCGCCUUCCCCUUCCUCUCCUCCUCCUCGCCCUUGCCCGCCGCUCCCCACCUCACCGUCCCGCUCCUCCUCCCCGUCUCCUCGGCCUCGACCUCGUCAUCCCGCCGCGGGCCGCAGCCGCUGAUGGCCGGCGCGGGCGCGUCCGGUGGCGGGAAGGCGGUAGGAGGGGGUAAGGGCGGCGGUGGCGGGGGCCCUGCGUUUGUGGGGCAGGUGUUUACCAUGCUCGACCCCUCCGGGAACGGCCUCAUGGCCGUCACCACCCGCUUCGAGCUCCCGCGCUUCCUCACCAACAGGACUCCUACGUGGUUCAAAAGAAUCUUAUCACCAUUGAAGAAGAGUGAAAAUGGGCCAGUAUUUAGGUUUUUUAUGGAUUUGAAUGAUGCAGUAUCCUAUGUUAAGCGGCUAAAUGUGCCAAGGGGCAUGGUGGGGGCUUGUCGCCUUGAUAUAGCAUAUGAACAUUUCAAGGAAAAACCUCACAUGUUCCAGUUUGUUUCAAAUGACAAGCAGGUCAAGGCUGCCAAUAAGCUAUUAAAGUCACUUCCACAAAGGAGCAGAAGAAAACAACUUGAUGGCGUCCCUAUUUUUAGUGCUCAAAACUUAAAUAUUGCAGUGGCAACAAAUGAUGGAAUUAGAUGGUAUACACCAUACUUUUUUGAUAAAAAUUUGCUGGACAAUAUUCUUGAAGCUUCAAUGGAUCAACAUUUCCAUUCAAUAAUGCAAAAUCGCCAUACACAACGUAGGAGAGGUAUUGUUGAUGAUAGUUUAACAUCAGAAAUAAUUGAAGAAAGUGCUGACAGCUUGCUUGAGCCCCCGGAGGUACAAGAAUUGAUGAAUGAGAUUGGUCCAGCUGGAAUACCACUAAGUGUUGUAACAAAAGCUGCAGAGAUUCAGUUUCUUGAUGUUGUUGAUAAAGUUCUUCUAGGAAAUAAGUGGUUGAGAAAAGCUGCUGGCAUACAGCCACAGUUCCCUUACGUUGUUGAUUCAUUUGAGGAAAGGACUGCUGUUUCAAUUGCGAAUAUUACUACUACCAGCAGUAGUUUUUCUGCUCCUAAGGAUGACAAUUGCUACCAAAAUAAUCAGCAAUCUCAAUCUUCGGAGCCGAGUAUUGACAGCAGCAACCACAUAAAUCACAAUAACCCAGAUCAUAAUCAAUUUCGUUUUCCAUUUAGCAGUCUGCUUCCAAAUAUAUGGCCGGGGCAUGACAGAAAGUUUAAAGCGCAAGAAAGGGACAGCAAAUUCAGCAGAUAUGAUGCCGGCAUGAACAAUGACUUACAAGCGAACCCUCUUCUUCCGAAAAUCACCAUGGUUGGCAUCUCAACGGGUGAAGGUGGACAGAUGAGUAAAGCCAACUUAAAGAAGACAAUGGAAGAUUUGACGAAAGAAUUGGAGCAAACAGGUGAAAAAAAUACCUUCAAUGAACAGAAAGACCCACUUUUUGUGGCCAACGUUGGUGACUACUCAAGGAUAACAAAGAUUAGCACUACAUGAGACUCAUUGACGAACAGCAGAAGUGUUCUGUGCAUACUGAAUUUCUAACCAAGUCAACUGAACAUGUUGAUGCUAAUCUCGGAGGUCCUACUGAUGUAGUGCUGUAAAUGGCUUGAGGACUUCAGAUCAUGUGCACAUUGAUUGUCCUCAGUUCGGACUUGGGAGGCAAUCCAACGUCAGUGUGGCCGCUGCUGGAUGGUAAUAGUCAAAAUUUCCAGGAACCGCAUGCCGAAUUUUGGAGAGGGGCUUCAGAUCAUGUUUAUAGCUAUUAAGAAUUUUGGAGAUGAUGAUUUGCUAAAGAAUGUUUGUGUGAAUAGAAAGUUUAAUUCCAGUGUAUGCAGAACAUGCAGCCAGGUAUGUCGAACAUGCAGCAAGGUAGCGUUGAAAUAGCAUAUGUUCACAAGGUGUUCCAUUGUGGAUAGGUAGUUUGAUUUUAUUGGACUCAUACGUAUCUGUACUUUAAACCGUAUCAACUUUACAGGUCGUUAAAGAUCAAGGCUUCAAAUCAUAAGCCAUUGGGCCUCA